CUGAUUCAGCAGAGCGUUUACGCUCUCGAGUCACUCCAGCGCUACCGACUGUCGGGAUGUGACCCCGGAACAGGACGCCUCCUUACACACAACACAGCUCUCAAAUAGAUCAGAAACGUCGAAAUCCUGGACCAGGAGAGCAGUGCGUCAGGAGCAGGGGGGAUGAACCGUGAGGAAGCCCCUGGCAAGUCUCCUGAGGAGAUGUACAUCCAGCAGAAGGUGCGGGUGCUGCUAAUGCUCAAGAAAAUGGGAUCAAAUCUGACGCCAAACGAGGAAGCAUUUCUGAGGAAUUAUGCAGGCGUGGUGCACAGCCAGAUGAGUCAGUUGCCACAGCACCCCAUUGACCAGGGAGCUGAGGAUGUGGUGAUGGCCUUCUCAAGAUCAGAGACCGAGGACAGGAGACAGUGACCUCUCGCCAUGCAAAGUCACUACAGCUGAAUACCACACAACACUGAUGGAGAGGGCGGAGCCUGAGAUGGGAGAGGGGCGGGGCUACUCAGCAUGCCGAUUGCCCCAUUCCCCUCCUCUUCCUAAAACUAACUGUUACACUAUCAGGGCCCUGCAUCCUCACUACCUGAUGAAUUACAGCAAAUGAGUCCCGAAAGAGUCCGUGGGUAAAUAUUAAAUUUGGGUUUUGUAGGAUUUGUUUUUGUUAUUUUUAGUUAGUGCCAUUUCUUUGUUAGUUCCCAUGAGAGACUGAAUGGACCAAGAUCUUAAUUUGUCUGGUCAAACCAAGAAAGAAUAUAAAGAGCCUUAUGGGUUAUGUUAUUUGAAACAACCUUGGUUUAAUCUUGUUCCUUAAUAAAUUUUUUUGUAGUUUCUUGUUUUUGUUGUCCACAGGGUCAAGUAGACUAUUUUUGUGUUUUAUUUUUAAGGUUUUUGUUUGUUUAUUAGUUGUUUAGUAAUUGUUUGCAUUGUAAUUUAAUCGAAACAUUAAUGUUGCUGUGGAGGCUAGAGAAUUAUGGAUGAGGCCCGUAUGCAAGCACACAGUCACAGAAUGAUUUACACAAAAGAUCUGAUGUAUCAUUAUCUCUUUUUUCAAUGUUUGGAUUCAUGUGAAAUUUCAUAGCCUUUUUUUUUUUUUUUUUUGUACAGAAAGUGAGAAAUAAUUAGAAAAGUGAAUGAGUCGUGCCAAUUGUGUUUUAUGUAAAAUAUUUCUUAAGGUAUCUAAUGAAUGUCUUAGGUCCUUAUUUAUUUUUCCAAUGUCUUAAAAUGUAGACAUAAACAUGAACUUACCCCCAGAUAAAAAAAAAUAAUUCUGUUUUUUAAUAUCAUGUUUUGAUACAAAUGAUUACUUUACAAACCAUAAAAACCUGAAAUUUCCAAACAGCCUCAGCCUUAAUAAUAAUUGUAAAAACAGAAUGUGCCAUACUCUGACAUGGGUAUGAGUCACCAUAUAUUUGACUGUCUAAUUCAGUGAUACAGUAGUGCUAGUGAAAGACAAUUUUUUUAGUUAUUCUAAUUGAAGUCAAUGCGGAAUACAAGCUUGUGGUAAUUAAGAGGACUCUAAACAGCCCUCUAACUUAAAGGGAUAGUACACCCAAAUUCAUUUACUUCCCCAUGUUGUUGUAAACCCUUAUCACUUCUGUGUAACACAAAAGGAGAUGUAAGCCAGAAUGUUAGCUUCAGUCAGAAUUCACAUUCGUUGCAUAUUCAAUACAAUGAAAGUGAAUGGUGAGUAAAUGACAGAAUCUAAAUUUUUGAGUGAAACAUCCCUUUAAUAAUUAAAAACCAAACUAUUUUUAUUUUUUACUUUUAAUAGUUCACUUACAUUUAUUUUUGGCCUCUGACCUUUUUGUAACAUCAUGUUGGGUAUUUAAUGUGUAUUCAUGUUUUGUUAACUUGCUUACAGAAUUAUUGUAUCUUUAGUGUUUUAAAAUGACGCAUGCCUGCUUGUGGUUUAAAUGGUGUUUGUUCAAGUAGCUCUGUAAUGGUCAUGAGAGCCAUGCUGCAUUAAACAUCAAUGUACACCUCUUUUUAAUCUGUGGAUUUAAGUCCUUUUGAACAUUUAUGAAAAUGGCUUUUAUAGUUCUUGCAAAUAUCCAAUCAGCAAUAAGUAUUUGAUUGAAUGUCUUCAUUGAGGCUACAUGUCCAACAGCCACAUUAUCUCAACAAUGAAAGGAAAGUGCAUCUGAUUACUUUUAACUGUUGUUUUAAAAUCAUUAUUUUGUCUAUGCAUUGUUUCUUAACUUUCAGAAGCAUACAGAUGUGUCUUACUGCAAUCAUGUCAUGUUGAGUUUGCAGCCUUUUAGCCUUUGAUUCAUAUGAAUGUAAUUGUUUUUGCAUUAUCGUUUAAUUCAUUGACAUCAUGGCAUGUUGUCCCUAAUCCCUUGAGCUGUAAAACUAUUUAAUGUGAAUUGCUUUUUUAUUAUUAUUAUUGUUUUAAAAUUCAAUUGAAUAGUUGUUUUAUGCCGUAUGGUUGUUGACUACGUCCCUUGACUUAAAUGCGUCCAAAAUCUAUACCAACUGAACCAUUAAAGGAGUUUAAAACUG